CAGGAGGAGAUUUACUAUGUGAACACCAGUGUUUGACCUAGUUAAGUGCUGCAUUCGGCGGUCCACAGAUUAUGAAGACGAGUUUUGUUUCACAGUUUUCUUAAUCGCAGACAUGUUUUUAAUGAGGCUCUGCGCGCCACAGAGUCUGUUAUCACGGUGUGUUUGCCCUGUUUUCACCCGUACAGGUUGCCUGUCAGUGUUUGUACGGCUCGGCCAGGUUUCACUGCUCCACACUCAGAUUCCGCAGCUGAACUCCAACAGGACAUCCGUGGUGCGCUGUGGCCGGCAGAGAUAUGAGAGGCUGUACCCUGUGAUGCUGGUCCGGCCUGAUGGAUCUACAGUCAACAUCAGAUACAAAGAGCCCAAACGUAUUCUCAUGAUGCCAGUCAAUCUGUCCACUUUGUCUGAAGAAGAGCGUCGAGCUCGACAGAAAAAGAGAGAGGUGAAGAAGCCGAAAAAACAGACAGCCCUCUACUAUGAAGACGACUUCAAAGCAGACAAAUACAGCCACUUCUGGAAGAAAAAAUAAUGUUUUUUUUUAGGUGAAUGUAAAGCAUGACUGGGGCAGCAUCCCUAAAAAUUUGACUCUGACUUCAAGUUGAAAUCAGAUUGUUUUCAUGGUAAGAAAGUAGUUCCUCCAAAAGAUCUAAUUGUGGGUCACUGAAACCCAGACUAAUGCAAUUUUCUAUAGCAGGAUGACUGACGGAAAACCAAGUGUAGCAGGUGCUGAAUUAUACUAUGACUCUGGGGUUACCUUCAUUUAAGUAUAAAUAACCUGUUAAAGCUGGAAACUGUAACAAUGUUAAGUUAAUAAAUUGUUUGAAAGCUUU